AUGACAUGGAGGUGAAGCUUCAAUUCAACUCGCAGGUUGGUCGAGUAAAACUAUAAAAAGUUUUCGAAGGUCGACGGAUGAGCUGAAUGAGAAGUCGUCAAAGUGCGUGGACAAGGGGGCGGUCGUUUCAGGGAAAACAGUGCGCGAGAUCUCGAGGACGGAUAAUGGAAUAAUUGAACAGCAGGUGGCGCAGGAAACCAUGCUGGGCGGUUUCGAAUAUCUCGCGAAAUGAAGGAGCGGCCGACACCCUCUCUGGCAGAUUCGGCGCUUCCCGGUCUCUGCAGAAGAGAAGUGAUCCGGCGUCCCGAAAAGUCUUCCGAAGGCAACUUUCCCGCUACCACCGCCACCGCAACUUUCGCUUCCGCGCUGACCGCUUUGCCGCAAAACCUUCGGCCGUUCCAUGCCUAA